GGGGCGCGGCCCGCCUGUGAAUUCAAUAGGCGCACAGCGCCCGCCCCCAUCCGCCCCCCCGGGAUUCCUGCCCCAGCCGCGUGCGGCACGCGCUCUUCGCCCGCCCCACACUCCCCAGCCAGGCGCUCUGACUCCCUUGCCUGCAUUUGUCCCCUCUCGGCCGCAGUAGUCACGUGGGCGGGCCCAGGGUCCGGUAUGGCCGCCUCUGCUCGCUGCGCUCCGGAGCCCCGCGUGCUGCUGGGUCUCCGCGACGCCGCCAUCCCGGACCCCGCCCGGGACAGCCUGCAGCCGCCGCCCUGGGCCACCAGCACGCUGGGCGGCUCCCCGAAUUGUGUCCCUUCGGUAACCAUGAUUUAUCCUUCUUGUGGGAUCUGCGGUACCACACUGAUGCACAUAGUGCAGCUAUAUUGCCCCCUUGAAGGCUCACUAUUCCACCGUGUCAUUAAUGUAUUUGCUUGUGCCAUGAAAGGCUGCUGGGGAAAAUCAGAAAGUUGGAAAGUGUUACGCUCCCAGUAUUUGCAGAUGCAAGGAAAAGAAACACAAGAUUGCAAAUUAAAGCAGAAACAAGAGAAUAAUUUUGUAAGAAAGGAUUGGUGUGAUGGAGCAGAUGACUGGGGAAUUUGUGAUGAAACAGAAUAUCCUGUGCAAACCACCAGUCACCUACUAGGCUUAAAGACAGUGAGCAGUUCCUCCUUGUCCAGAGCCACAGAGUGUGCAUCCCAGUUUCAAGGACUUAGCCUGUCAGAAACUACAGAAAUCUCUGAUUCCUUACAUAGGCCAGUUCCAUGUGGAGAUGGGAUAGCAAUGCCUACCUCUUGUCCCAGAUUCCAGUCCUACUAUAUCAAUGUUGUGGAUGAGGAAGACUACACUGACUACCUUGAUACAGAUUAUGCACACAAACUUUUAAAGGAAUAGAGAGGGCGUUGAUUUGGAAUUGUUGAUGUCAGAAAGGCGAGAAUAGGCUUAUAGUCUGUGCUGUUAAAUGAAGACCAUUUGAUAAACUCCUGUCUGCUGACCUUUUCCAAAUUAGUUAAAUCACUAUUCAGAGUCUAAAACAUUAGAGCAUCAGUCAAUUUUAUGCUAUCUUAAUUAUAUAUUAUCAGUUAAUUAUAUUUGAUGUAUGGAUUAUGUCCCGUAUACUCGUAGUUCCCUAGAUUAGUAUUGAAACUUCCUUUUCCUGUGGAUUUGAGUAUGGGAAUUGAAUAACUAUGAAAGAUGGACCCAUAGAGCCUUUAUGAAGGUGGUAGUCGGAAAAAUAGAUUUUGGACAUUAGAGUUAUUGUAUGCUGCUGGAACACUUGUGUAGCUGACCACUUGUACUGGAAACAAUUGCCACUCUGUUACAAUGUAAAGUAGGCUCCCACAACAGAAAAGUGUGGGCUCAAUCUGGUACUUAAGUAUGAAAGAUGAUACCACUUGCAGGAUAUACACCUCUACCCCG